AUGUUGACACCAAAUGAACUAUAUACAUGUAAAAAAGAUUUGAAAAAGAAAUGUGCUUUAGUUGGGGCCAUUAAUCAAAGACUUCGUGGAAUUUGUUUAAACCCUAUCGCAUCAUGUAAUCAUGCAUUUAAUAACAUAAUGGAUACAGUUAAGAAAACUGAUAGAGAACUUUCAGAUAGGGCAAUAACUGAGCAGAAUCAAUGUAAUAUGUUACAAAUGAGGUGUUAUAUUUUAGAACAUCAUGGUUUAAGCUAUAUUGGCUCAAAAUGCACUAAAUUAAAAGAACGUUGCUAUAAGAAUAUUCGUAUGGGAGUAGCAAAAAUAAUUCUUAAUGAUCUUUUGAAAAGAGUUUCAAGUGAUUUAAAUGUUUGCCUGAAAAAAUUGCAAGAAGAAUGUCAAUUACUUAAUCAACAAAGCUCGGAAUUAUUUGAUUUGUGCGCUAAUGGCACUAGUGUUUGUGAAAUGCUUGUUUUAAAUUCCAAAAAGGAAUGUCAGAGUCUUCAAAAUCUGUUUGUAUCUGAACAAAAUAUAAUAUCAGAAAAAAAUUGUAUAAAUUGGUUAAAAAAAUGCUAUUACGAUGUUCCGGCUUGUUUAACUUUCCAUUUUAAUUGCCGUUUAUUUCGAAUGAAAUGUGCAGAAAGUGGUUUUUUUUAUGAUCCACAAGAAUAUAAUUUUGAUCUUUUUAAGAUAUCGUCUAUUUCUACAAAUGAAAAUGGUGUCCAGUACGCCUAUGAAAAGUUACGUACUUCAGGUAUCUAUGUUACUGAAGUACCUAACCUUUCAGAUAUACCAAUUGCUAACUUUUUAGUUAAAAAACCGACUGCAUCACGUGUUGAUUGCGAAAAAGCAUUAGAUAGAAGGUGUCCUUCAACAAGUUAUUUAAAACUUGUUGAAAGAGUAUGUAACGAUAAACUCUAUAAUGGUAAACGAUAUUCUUGUUUGAACUUAAAUCACAGAACUCGAAAUUAUUGUAAUGGUCUUUUAGAAAAAUUUAAAAAAAGCAAUGAGUUUUGGUCGUAUCCAUAUCGUCCUCUUACGAAAAAAAAAUGUCAAGAAUAUUUGCUAGAAUGUUAUUUUAUCGAUGAAUACAUUAAAUAUUGGCUAAGUUAUGAUAUCUGUAUAAAUAUACGGCUUGUUUGUUAUCAGUUAGAUUUAGAAACAGCUGCCGAUAUGGCUCUAAUAAAGAAAUUAAAUGGGAUGUUCAAAGUACAAAAAACUCAUUACGAUUUUUUAAUAUAUCCUCAAGCUGUAAAUGACUGUAAAAAAGUUCUUUUAAAGGAAUGCGGUAGCUUUAUGUAUCACAGUUAUCAUGUAUUAUAUAAAUGUUUAUAUCCAGAAGCAACAUGUAAAAAUUUAACAACUCAUAUUCAUCAAGAAUGUCAAAGAUUGGAUUAUCUUCUAAAAUUAACAAUCAUAAAACCUACUGAUGACACUUGUAAGGAAUUGAGAAAAGAAUGUACUAAAUUUGGGUUAUAUUGCGAGCAUACAUUAUACUUAUGUGAAUUCCUUAAUAAAGUUUGUGAGGAUAUAGAUAAACUAAUGGAAGUGAUAUUAAGUAUACUUAAAGAAAAGAACUCAAAUCUGCAUGAUAAAGUCAAUUGUCUUAAAUAUCUUAAUAAAUACUGUUUACAAAAUCCCCGUAAUAACGCUUGUGCUGAUAAGGAGGAAGCAUGUCAACACAUAUUAGAUCAAGUUUCGAAGCAAUGUAGACAAUUGUCACGUUAUUUAUCAUAUUAUCAAUUUUCUGAUAAUUCUUCAACUUAUAUAAAUUACAAUCGUUGUUCUUAUUUCAUUCGUCAUUGUGAAAUGCUCAAAGAAAGUUGUCAUAGUUCUUUAAAUAAGGCAUGUUUAGAAGUUGAAAUAAGAUGUAGCAAUAUUUCAAGUCAAAAUAAGAAGUUUAAUGAUUUUUUUAAAAAAUAUAAUGGAAAAAUAAUUGAUUAUGAUACAUGUAAAAAAGGGUUGCUUGAGGAAUGCGAGAAUUCUACUAUAAGACAGACAAUAAAUAUAUCAUGCACUAAUACGGACAACACAUGCAAACAUUUAGUAAAACACUUGGAAAAAAUAUGUGAUCAACUUGCAUUAAAAAUCUAUAAGUUUUUAUUUACAAAUUCUAAUUCUACUACGGAAUGUAAAAAUUUAGCAUCUAUAUGUUCAUCUAUAGGAUAUUCUUGCGGUAAAAUUAACGAUAAACUUGCUACUAUAUGUAGUAACUUUACUAUUAAAUGUAAGUUAUUAGAGUCAAUGCUACCGCCACCACCACCACCAGUAUCACCACCGCCACCACCACCAGUACCACCAUCGGAACCACCAUCGGAACCGCCAUCAGAACCGCCAUCAGAACCAGUACCACCAAAACCAAUACCGCCAGCACCACCACUGCCACCACCAGUACCACCAUCGGAACCACCAUCGGAACCGCCAUCAGAACCAGUACCACCAAAACCAAUACCGCCAGCACCACCACUGCCACCACCAGUACCACCAUCGGAACCACCAUCGGAACCACCAUCAGAACCGCCAUCAGAACCAGUACCACCAAAACCAAUACCACCAGCACCAUCAGAACCAUCAACACCACCUACAUCGCUACCACCGUCAAAGCCAGUUCCAUUGCCAUCAUCGUCACAAUCUGUCUUAAGACCAACAGAAUCAUCAACUACAUCAAGUUCAUCAACUUUUUCAAAUUCAUCAAUUACAUCAAGUUUAACUGCAACUUCAACUACAUCAGAAUCAUCGAUUGUGUUAGAUUCAUCUGUUACAUAUAAUUCAUCAUCUACAUCAAGUUCAAUUACAUCGAGUUUACCAAUUACAUCAGAUAUCUCUAUAUUAACAAAUUCAACUAUAUUAACAAGCUCAUUAAUUACAUAUUUAACAUCUACACGUUUGACAUCUAUAUAUUCAUCAAAGUUUAUAUCAACAACAUCAUCUGAUAGUCACGAAAAAGGUUAUGGAAUUAAAAUAGAACUACAAAUGAUAAAAUUAAUUUGGACAAUCAUAGAAAUACUAUUAGGGUUAUGGAUAAUUGUUAUAUAA